AGCUGCUCUCAUAUAUUUUUUAAGCCCAACUCUUCAAACAAUUCCUUCAUUUUCUCCUAGUUUUUUUCUCCCCCAUUAGCUAAAGGAUGAAUUAACGACCACAAAACCGGGAUUAUUUCUUGUCACUCCUCCUCCUCCUGUGUCUUUAGGAUCUUCUUCAGCAUCAUCUUUUUUUCUUUUUUUUUUUCCCGGAGUCAUCUUUGUUCUUGUGCACACAGCUGCUGAGUGGUACAGUGGCUGCUAGUGGGGAAAUAGGUUAGUGUGCCUGUUUCGGUGCCGGGCGGCAGAGGUGAUUGAAUGCUCUGUGCACGCGUGGAGGCGAAGAGGAGGGGGAUGCCUUCCUGGCGGUAGCGCUCUGUAGCCCUGCGACCACUUGGGGAAGAAGGUGACUUGGGAUGCUGCGGCUGAACUCCGACCUUUAGUGGAAGUGUCGGCGGCCAGAUUCCCGGAGAGACAAAAGGGGAAAAUAAGCUAUUUUUUUUUGGUUCCCCUCCAUUUUUCUAGUCGCAAAACAGAGCUGACCUGCGUGUAGACACCAUGGACAUCAACCUUCAGUCGCACCGGUUCUACUUCCCCCAGAUCUACUGCGCUGAACCGGGGGCGCAGCAGCCACCACCGCCACAGCUCACUGAGUUCAAAGUCAGCGAGCAGAGUAUCUGCCAGGCGAGGGCCUCAGUCAUGGUCUACGAUGACACCAGUAAGAAGUGGGUGCCCAUCAAGCCCGGACAGCAGGGAUUCAGCCGCAUCAACAUCUACCACAACACUGCCAACAACACCUUCAGAGUGGUGGGCGUCAAGCUGCAGGACCAGCAGGUGGUUAUCAACUACUCCAUAGUGAAGGGCCUCAAGUACAACCAGGCCACUCCGACCUUCCACCAGUGGCGGGACGCCCGGCAGGUCUAUGGCCUCAACUUCGCCAGCAAGGAGGAGGCCACCACCUUCUCCAACGCCAUGCUCUUCGCCCUCAACGUCCUCAGCGCUCAGGAUGGAGGUCCGGCUGUCCAGCGCCAAGUCCAGAAUGGACCGACUUCAGACGAGAUAGAAGCUCAGAGAGCGAGGCAGAUGAUGGAGCAGCAGCAGCAGAUGCAGGCGCACAUGGAGCGGGAGCGACGGUCGUCCAACUCAGGUUCUCCUUUCCAGGGCCACCCUGCUGUGCUCUCCGUGGCCCCCCCAGUGAUGCCUCCACCAAUGAACAUGGGCGGUCCUCCUCCUCCUCCGCCGCCGCCGGGACCUCCGCCACCUUCAGCCAUGGCUCCCCAGCCUCCUCUGCCACCUCCGCUUCCCAUGGGCGGGGGGCUUCACGGGGACGAGCCCCCGGUCCAGACGGGUCUUGCCGCUAUGAUCGCCGGAGCCAAACUGCGCCGCGUUCAAAGACCUGAGGACAGCAGCUCUCCAAGCGCCAAAAACGAAGCCAACCGAACGAGUGGAGGAAGCGGAGGACUGAUGGAGGAGAUGAACGCUCUGUUGGCGCGAAGAAGGAAAGCAGCUUCAGAGAAGCCUGAGGAAAGCCAAAACGAUGACCCAAAUUCUCCGUCACCCAGCACUCGGAGUGGACAGAACGCCACAGAUGGUGCAAAGAAGCCGUGGGACCGGGCUAACUCUGCAGACAGGUCGAUGGUUUCAAGGGUACGGCCCGGGGGAGGUGGCAGCGACGCAGACUCGUUAGACCUUGACAGAAUGAAACAGGAAAUCUUGGAAGAGGUGUUUCGUGAAUUGCACAAAGUGAAGGAUGAAAUCAUCGAUGCCAUUAGACAUGAACUCAGUCGAAUUAGCACGACAUAAUCUCUCAGAGACACUCCCCGACAUGAACCACCUUUUUCGAAAACAUUGCCCCUGCAGUAGCUGCUGUGGCCCUGAGGAGGAGGAAGAGGAGGAGGAGGAGGAGAAGUCGGGAACAGAGGCCCAAACUGUGACAUCUGCUCAUCCUGUUUCAGCUGCGGUGUUGAAGCAACGCGGCAACGUUGCUGUAACACCUCAGACGUGUCUGUGUAACGUUUGGUUUGUCUGUCGGGGGGAGCUGGACGUGGACGUGGGCACACUCUCGCACUGAUUACUCUGAUUUCUUAACAUUUUUCUGUCUGUCCGUUCGCCCAGUUCGCCCUCUGUCCUCGGCCCAAAGGAAAAUGGAUAAAACGUAUUUUAUUUGUUUUGUUUUUUCACAACUUUUUUGUUUUUGUAUUAUUAUUAUUACUAUCGUUUUCAUUAUCAUCACUAUCAUUUUUAUGAUUGUCAGUGUACUGUUAAUAUGAGUAGUAGUAGUGUAGUAGAGUGCAAUGGUAACAAUGAGGAAGUGAUAAUGAGAAUAUGAUAGUAAUGAUGAUGUCGAUCGUUAUUAUUGCACAUCAUUUUAUGUCAGCCUUUUGUAUUUUAUAUUGGUUGUUUUCAUCUGUUUUAUUUUUUUUUUGUUUUAGAUACAGUUGCAAGCGCAUCCAAAAAGUGUUUUUUCUCAUCGUCUAUAACCUGAAAAGUUUUUUUAAAAAAGGUUUUUUAUCCUUUUUUCGCCAACACAGAUAUGUGUGGAACCACGGCAGAAAAAACAAACAAAAGAAAAAACAGACCCUGACCUGAAAAACUGAGGGUGGAAUAAAACCUCUUUGGAUAUUGCAAUCUUAUAAACGAAAACAAACAAAAAAAAAAUUAAAUAAUACACUAGAGUAUUUGUGAUCAUGUUGUUAAUAAAAUGUUUAUUGGCUGCAAGGAUAUGGUGAAGUAUUGUUCAUUUUAUUCUCUCCUUUUAUGACAAAGUGCUUCCUGGUUUGACAACAACGAGAAAAAAAAAAAAAAAAAAAAAGAAAAAGAAACGCACCAAGUUUAAAAAUGAAAUUCAAAUAAAACUGUGAACAAUGUCUUGGAUAAA